GUAGCUAGCAACCGUACUGUUGAGACACAUUGGAACUGCAUUACAGACACCCAGGUCUCGGCUAUGUCUGUGUUCCAGCCUGUGUUGUUAAAUACAGGUUUAUUUAUUUUAUAGCGUGUAAUAUACCGUCGGAUGUAUUUAUUGACAGUAGCUAUUAUUAUUUAUAGCAGUACUUGCCUAGGUGGCUAGCUAGCUAACGUUAUAGGUUUUGUAUUGCACCGCCACAGCCCUUUUUCCUUUCUCUACUUCAAUGAUUGUCCUAUUCACAUUCUCAUGGCGGAGACUAAAAUAAUCUAUCAUAUAGACGAGGAGGAGACUCCUUACUUAGUGAAAUUGACAGUUCCUCCUGAGAAAGUCACUUUGGCAGAUUUCAAAAAUGUCCUUAACAAUCGUCCGGUCAACAGUUACAAAUUCUUCUUUAAAUCCAUGGACCAAGAUUUUGGGGUCGUCAAGGAGGAGAUCUCCGAUGACAAUGCCAAGCUGCCCUGCUUCAAUGGGAGAGUGGUGUCCUGGCUGGUCCUGGCGGAGAGCUCCCACUCGGACGGGGUGUCGCUGUGCACGGAGAGCCACCCGGAGCUGCCACCGCCCCUGGAGAGAACGGGGGGCAUCGGGGACUCCAGACCCCCAUCCUUCCAUGCCCAUGCGGUGAGCAGUCGUGACGGUCUGGACACGGAGACGGGCAGCGAGUCCCUGCUCAGCCACCGGAGAGAGAGGGAGCGAGAGAGGGCCCGGAGGAGGAGAGAGGCAGAGUUCCCUCGUGUGAACGGCCACUCCAAGGCCGAGCGCGUGGCGCGGGACUCCGCCAUGGGCUGCGACAGCGCCUCCAUGAUGAGCAGUGAGCUGGAGUCCAGCUCCUUCAUCGACAGCGAGGAGGAGGAGGACGCCAGCAGGCUCAGCAGCUCCACGGAGCGGAGCUCCUCCUCCCAGCUGAUGCGGAGACACAAACGGCGGCGGCGGCGGCACAAAGUGGCCAAAAUCGACCGGUCAUCCUCCUUCAGCAGCAUCACAGACUCCACCAUGAGCCUCAACAUCAUCACCGUCACCCUCAACAUGGAGAAGUACAACUUCCUGGGGAUCAGCAUUGUGGGCCAGAGCAACGACCGGGGCGACGGGGGGAUCUACAUCGGCUCCAUCAUGAAGGGGGGCGCGGUGGCGGCGGACGGCCGGAUCGAGCCAGGGGACAUGCUCUUACAGGUGAAUGACGUGAACUUUGAGAACAUGAGCAACGACGACGCCGUGAGGAUCCUCAGAGAGAUUGUCUCCAAGACCGGCCCCAUCAGCCUGACAGUGGCCAAGUGCUGGGAUCCCUCACCUCGCAGCUACUUCACUAUCCCCAGAGCGGAACCAGUGAGGCCUAUUGACCCCGCGGCCUGGAUCUCCCACACCACCGCGCUGACUGGUUCCUACCCGCAGUACGAGUUUGACGACCUGCCCCUGUCGGUCAGCAAGACAGACAUGGCGACCAUUGUCAAGGUGAUGCAGCUGCCAGACUCGGGCCUGGAGAUCAGAGACAGGAUGUGGCUGAAGAUCACCAUCGCCAAUGCCGUCAUUGGCGCGGACGUGGUGGACUGGCUGUACUCCCGGGUGGAGGGCUUUAAGGACCGGAGGGAUGCCAGGAAGUACGCCAGCAGCCUGCUGAAACAUGGCUACCUGAGGCACACCGUCAACAAGAUCACCUUCUCUGAGCAGUGCUACUACACGUUCGGGGACCUCUGCCAAAACAUGGCGUCUCUAAAUCUGAACGAGGGCUCCAGCGGUGGGGGCUCCGAGCAGGACACCCUGGCCCCCUUGCCCCCACCUGCCACCAACCCCUGGCCUCUCGGGGGCCAGCCGUUUCCCUACCCGCCGUACCCCACAGCGCCCCCUGGCUUCCCCCCGGGAUACUCGGACCCCUGCCACAGUUUCCACAGCGGCAGCGCGGGCAGCCAGCAGAGUGAGGGCAGCCGAAGCAGCGGGUCCAACCCCAGUGCCGGGAAAGGCCGACGCCCGUCGCCGCGAGAGAAGGAUCGCAAGUCGACGGGCAGCGGGGGCAGCGAAUCAGAGCCGGGCACCCGGGGAGGGAGGCGGAGCGAGAGGUCAGCCAGUCAGAUGAGCCACCACAGCCAUGCUCACUCAAAUCGUAGCCACGCCCACUCCUCCCACAGCCACGCGCAUUCGUCCUACAGCCACGCCCACUCCCACCGGAGCCACAUCCACUCCCAGCACAGCCGCGCCUCCUUCUCCUACAGCCACGCCCCCUUCAAGCAGCACAGCCACGCCUCUUGCACGCACAGCGAGCGAAGCCACGCCUCCUCCUACGGCCCGCCUGGCCUGCCCCCACCUUACAGCCUCGCCCGCCUGGCGCCCAAGACCUCGGCAAACAGCGGCCCUCCAGGGGCGCCGCCGGUGCGCGAGCUGGGGGCCGUCCCCCCAGAGCUCACCGCCAGCCGCCAGUCCUUCCAGCACGCCAUGGGCAACCCCUGCGAGUUCUUCGUUGACAUCAUGUGACAGGACAGUGCCUUUCUUUUUUUUCUGAAGCACACGGCACAGCUCUGCUGGUUCCCCUCCACAGACGUCGAACCCUCUCCCACAGCCUCCCCUGUACCUGCUACCGACCAACCGUCCCUGAGCUCAGAGACCUGAGACUACUGCACAAUCAGCCGUUUCCUCAUUGUGCACAUUAGUGUGUGUUGAAUCAAGGGAAGACAUUACAGAACCACAUGCCUAGGUUUUCACAUGUUCUCCUAGCAAGACUAAGCCACUGCAGACCUGUUCUGCCAGGCCUUCCAACAGGCCCAGGUUUGGAUCUCAAUCCCCCAGACCUGGAGUCUUUGGAGGCAGUCUGAUUCUGGGCUCUGAAAGGAGGACAGGAAGAAGGACCUCCUUCGCAACUACAUUUCCCAGAAGCCUCUGCACCCAGCCUUCAGCAGUAACUGUCAGCAAGUGAUAUUUAUCCGGUUUCAAAUGCCAGGUAAUCUUGAAAAACUGAGAUUACAUUUGCCAACACAAAAAAGGACCCUUUCCACAGUUAAGAGUGGGCGGGAGCCUUUUGUAUUUAGCGCUCAAAAGAGGCACUACAGCUAAAAAGAAAUUUUUAAAAGAGGAUGACAUGUUUGCAUGGAAGUCUCUCUUUGUGUGGGGAGGUCUGUCUCCUUAAAACAGCUGGACUCAGAAAACACAGGGAAUGCCUUUGUAUUUAUUGUAAUGUUCCAGUUACAGUGUGCUACGUUGUCUCUCAAUGUAUUGAUUCAGACGCAGUUGAAGUGACAGACAAGACAAUCAGACAGUGCCCGUAGUGGUUCUGCAGACUGGUGCUAGCACAAAUUUACCCAGCACCCUCCUGAUCGAGGAACCACACGUUAGACCUACUGUCUCCGCAGAAUGUAUUCGGUUUCACCAUCAACGAAUAACUCACACAAGCUUCUCUCGUAGAAUUUCUUUAUAAAGCUGGUUCAGAUGAUCGUUGUUGAAAUAAGUUAAUGCGCUACUGUAUGGCUUUACUGCAUCACCAUUAUACUGAUUCCAUAUCAAGACUAAUGGGGCCAAGGUUAACAUAAGCCUCCACACAUAGCUGGGGGAUUGUUUUACGUAAAA